GUUAGCACCUAAAAGUGUCUCCAAUGGCCAGUUCUUUCCCGAGUGUACCCGAGCUCGUUGCGGCCGCGGUGCACCUGUACGGGCAGGUGUUCGGAGGAGAGGCCCCUCAGAAGGCGGUGUGCGCCCCCGGAAGAGUGAACCUGAUCGGGGAGCACACCGACUACAACCAGGGCCUCGUGCUCCCGAUGGCGCUGCCCCUGGUGACCGUGGUGGUCGGGAGUCGAACCUCGAGCCCGGGUGUCACCGUGGUAACGGCGACCGAGGAUGCCGACGAGCCUCGCAGGGUGGACUUCAGCCUGCCCGGCGACGGGUCACCGCUUCCCCCGGGGUCACCCAGCUGGGCGAACUACGUGAAGGGUGUCAUCCAGCAUUACCGGGCGCCACCUGUCCCAGGUUUCAGGGCGGUGGUAGUCAGCAGCGUCCCCCUUGGAGGAGGUCUGUCAAGCUCCGCCUCUCUAGAGGUGGCUUUCUACACAUUCCUGCAGCAGCUCAAGCCAGAUGACGGAGACAAGGUGUCCACAGCGGUGGCCUGCCAGAAGGCAGAACAUACCCACGCCGGUGUGCCCUGUGGCAUUAUGGAUCAGUUUGUGUCUGUCUUUGGAAGGGAGGGGCAUGCCCUGCUCAUUGACUGCAGGUCGCUGGAGGCCACCCCCGUCCCUCUGGCAGAUCCAGGCUUGGUCAUUCUCAUCACCAACUCCAAUGUUAAGCACUCUCUGAGUGGCAGUGAGUACCCCAUGAGACGCCGCCGGUGUGAGGAGGCUGCCUCCAUCCUGGGAAAGGACAGUCUCAGAGAUGCCACCAUGAAGGACCUCGAGGAGGCAAGGGACAGGCUGGAUGACGUCACCUAUCGGAGAGCUCGUCACGUGGUUGAGGAGAUCGGAAGAACCGCCCAGGCUGCCGAGGCCCUGAAGAGAGGAGCCUACGAAGCGUUUGGCCAGCUGAUGGUGGAAAGCCACAACUCCCUCAGAGACCUGUACGAGGUGAGCUGCAAGGAGCUGGACGAGCUGGUGUCCGCGGCCAUGGAGGUGAAGGGCGUGUUUGGCAGCCGGAUGACCGGCGGAGGGUUCGGCGGAUGCACCGUGACCUUGCUGCAGGCGCACGCCGUCGACCGGACGAUGCUCCACAUACAGGAGCGAUACAGUGGAACCCCGACGUUCUACGUCACGACUCCUUCCGAGGGGGCUCGGGCUCUCGGUCUGCCCUGACCUGUGACGACGCCCCGCUUCUGUGCAGCAGACUCCUUCCUCUUCGGCGGGGGCGUUUCCCCACUUCCCUUCAAUUUGUUUUCACUCGUUCAAAUCAAAGUGGCGUGGAGCUCUGCACACAAGCCGAGCGAGGAGCGCUCUGGUAAUGUGCCGUCGGAGUAAAUCAUUGUUCUACCUGUUCGGCAGCAAACAGCCGACAGACACGUUAGAGACGAGCUGGAGGAAACAUCCAGGAGCGAAAGAGACAGAGCUUCUCUUUUUCCUCGGGAGUUGGUGGAGAACCAAAACGGAGCUAAAAGGAAACUGAAUAUUCAAUUAAAUUCAAUUCAGUUUAUUUUGUAUAGCCCAUUAUCACAAAUUACAAAUAUCUAGCUAACAUCCAUCAGACGGACACAAACCUGUUGAGAAUGUGUGCCGGAUGUGUGAAUAAGAAAUCGCAUUGUGGACACAUUAGCUAUGAUUAUUAUGGCAAUAUAAUAUCCUUUAAAGGCCCGGCACACUCGGGUGUUUUUAAUUAUUGGGACUAAUUACAUUAUAUUACAUUACAUUAGAUGUAAUUUAGCAGACGCUUUUAUCCAAAGCGACUUACAAUAAGUGCAUCAACCAAGAGGACAAACUCAGAACAACAAUCACAUCGGGACGAAAAAAAGUUACUUGCACCCCCCCCCACACACACACACACACACACACAACUCUUCUCGGCUCGCGCGCGGCAGAGCUCCGAUGCUGGCGCACGCACUGGUGAGCAAGUUAUGUGCACCCCUGUGUAUAAAUGUAUAUAUGUGAUUAAUCAUGAUUAAUCCACAGAAACCUGUGAUUAACCUGAUUAAAAAUGUUAAUCGUUUCACAGCCCUAGUUAAAACAAUUCAUUAAAUAUUUGAAAAAAACUGACACUGCAGUUGCUUCAAAAGUCAUUCCUAAGAAGAAGUCUCAUCAGGCCGGGGCAUAAAUGGUCUUCCAGUUUAUAUUUAUGAAGCUGCUGAUGUUUUUAUAUUUGUUUUUGUUUUCAAGGUUAUACCAGAUGUUUUUUUUAAUCAAUUAAUCGUCUCAUUUCCGCCUGCUACGAUUUCAAAUGAUCAUAAGUGUUCUGUAAUGUAAAUGUGUGGCAAUAAACAGGAUUUUUUUUAAGCGUU